AUGCGCAUCUUGGGCAGUUUGACUGCCCUAAUGAGCUCAGUGGUAUCAGGUUCCUCCUCCCAGCUUGGUGUAGCCUCCACUUUUACCCCCAACCAGUUGGCUUUUGUGACAGAACGCUACUACCCGCCGCAUCAACCCGCACCUGGAGGACCUCUUGUUGCUGAUCCUCGAGAUCAUUCACCCCUGAGCAAGUUUCUUUAA